AUGUCAACCUCAGCUUCGGGCUCGCUGCUCGGCAGCUCAAAUGGUAGUGCUGCUUUCGAGCUGCCCGGCCCCGCACGAUCAGCUUCGCGUCUCGAUCUCCUCCUCAGUCUCAUCCCCUCAGCAUCCUCUGAUCCAGCACAGGAAGAUGACAUCCUCGCCAUUAUCAGUCAAUCCGGACUGCUCGCUCAUGUUCCUCAAGACGAGACUCAGCACAAGCUCACUGUCCGCAUUAACUCGCUCAUUUCUUCGCAAAAUGCCCUUGGGUACCGCUUAGCUCAUCUCUGGAUCCAGCAAGACGCAGCUAUCUGGCACGAUCAUCUCGCUACGAGUGCGUCGACCUGGGCUACACAGAUCGUGAAUCUGCUCUCUGCACCUGAAAAGCUGUUGACGCAACGGGAGCACUCGGACUGCCUUCUCGCCUCUGCGCUUCAGCUUGCUGUUACUCAUCUUUUCCCGGAAGGUAUUACAGCGAGACAGGAGUUUUACCGACAAGUUGUGCACCCCAAUCUGCCCAAGUUUGCAGUUGGUCUCACACAGCUGCUCGAAAACAUUGUCUCAAAGCAGGAUGCAGAGGGAGUGACUGCGUUCGGCACCCACCUCCGCACCGUAUUGGUCUUCCUCAACCGUCUCUUGCACGCCCACUCAGCACAGUUCCGACCUGUCUCAUCGCGUAUUCACGAAUGCAUCUCCUCACUACUCUAUCGCGAUGACGCACUGUCCCUUCCUCAGCCCAUCUUCAAUGCAGCAGCAGCCGUGCUCUCGUCUCUCCACCUCACUGGUGCUCUCGCCUCAAAGGGCAGCGACGCUUCCGGUGGAUCCGCUCGUACCACACAGACUCAGCUCUGGCAGGCCACCAUCGACAGUCAGCUACAUCUCGCCUUUGAAGCAUGGCGCCACGCAACCAGUAGCUAUCAGGCCACUGACACUCCGCAGGCCGCUCUGGACCAGCAGGAGGGUUCAACACACAAGCACCUGCAUCCUUACCCUAAAGAUCCAUUGGCAGCUACCAAGAUAGCACAUUCCAGACUUGCGCUCUUGUUGGGCAGCCGCGGUCGCUCGGGCCUUAUCAACUUGCAUCUGCGCGGAGCCACGUCCCGCUCCGUUCCGAUUCCCGUGGGCAAACUCAUCACGCUGGCUUUGGAUAUGCUCAGGGUUGAUCUGUCAAGCAGAUACCAGCCUACCGCUGAAGGUAAGGUCUGUUCGCUUCAGGCAUCGUUCAUCCCAACUCUGCACACAAGAGCGCUGGCUUUGAUCGCCCAGAUUGCCAUCACUGCGCCUGCAGCUGUUCCUCUUGAGGCAUCACGCGUGCUCGGAGACAUCUGCCGCAUCGCCGAAGCAGGUGUCAGCGGUGGCUCAGAUCUGGCCAGCAACCGAGUGAAGCUUGCUGCGAUGCGGACGCUCGCCGUGGUGGUCGGAAGACAGGGCAUCGCUCUACCUCUCGAUCCAGCUGGACGUACAACGCUCCGACUUGCGCGUCUUGCAGCCGCCCACGUAGCUCGAUGCGUUCUACCAUAUAACGCUCCGACCACCACUGUCGCCUCUGGCGACGGUCGCAAGGCGAAAAAGGCACGCCUCUACGAAUCAGACUCGAUGUUCGCAUCCAACAUUGCGCUCAAAGACCGCAUACAGUCUCUUAGCGUUGAAGAGAUCGCUUCUACCCAAGCAGCACUUCAGAUCAUCGUUGCCGUCUACCCUCUACUCACCACCUGCCUCAGCGCUGUACACUCAGACCAGCAGAAGCUUUGUAUGCACACCGUCCUCGCCCUCGUCGAAGCUCUUUCCGACUCCGUCUCAACUCACUCGGCUAAGCUUCGCAAUGCCAGCGCUGGUUCUCGAGCACCAACUGCAGUCGAGUUGCUACAGAGCGGAAUGGAGGGCUUGGCAGAGCUCUGUCUUGACUCACCGUCGAGUGCGCUGGCCACGGUGCUACCUCGAGCAAUCCCAACGUUGGGCAGGAUUGCAAAUGCUCCCAGUGGAAGCGGUGAUGCGGGAGUGAGAAGUUCAGCUGAGCGUGCCCUGGCACUGGUGCAGGCUAGCAGGAAGGGCAAGUUUGUACCUGUUGCACGAGGGGUUGGGUUUGGACCAAGGACAGCGGAUGAUUUUGAGCCUGCUCCGGAAGGUGCCAAGCUUGUUGGUGCCGCCGAUAUCGGGCAGACGAUCUCUGUAACAGGUGAAGCCCAGGAAUCGAGCCUGGCUUCGGCUACGACUGGUGUUCUUGGCGCUCUGGGAGGCAAUCGAGCUGACAACCGAGAAGAAGGAGACGACGCAGAGAAAACGACGCAAGGAGAGGCGAGGAUGGAUGUGGACGCGAUCACGGCUGAAUCCGCUCAACUUUUCAAAGCCGGCGGCGCUGAUGCUGGUUCCCCCACCGACGCAGCCCAGGCUUCUGCUUCGCCGAAGUUGGGGCUUGGUCUUCCAACCUCACCACUCUGCUCAACUAUGGUGGAGAAGCGCAUCUUCUCACCAGACCCAGUGAAGCCCUCGCAUCGCCCAGUUACGCCUCGCAUCGGCAGCCCGUCCACCUCGCACCCGCCUCGAGCACUGUCGCGCAACGCGUCGCCUUCGCCCGACGCUGUUGCUGGCGGAUCAGGUCCAGCAUUCCUGACUUCAGGCAGACUGAGCCACCCAGAUUCUUCGCCCGCUACCGUGAUUGCUGUGGAGAAAGCAGCAACUGCCAUCAACGAUAACGCAGUCGCUGCAGUAGCUGAGGUGGUUGACUCGCCUCAGGUCGCAGAAGUGGUUCAGGAUGUACUUGAGAACGUCGAGCCGGCUGCAAUUUUGCCUGCUGAAACCACGAAGGUCAUCAGGACCGAGGUGGAGAUGUUCAGAAGAGGGGACAUCGACGAUGAUGACGACGAGGAAAUGCCAGAGAUCGACAUGGGAGACUCUGAAGACGGUGAAGAGGGCGAGGGCGAGAUAGAGGGAGAGGGAGAGGGAGAGGGAGAAGCUUAG